CACAAGCACAACAACCACCACAGCACCACUGGCUGUCAAUCCCGUAGAAGCUUAGGUGAGAGUGACCAAGGAUGUGGGAAGAAAGACGAAAAAGCCCAAUUCCUGAAGCCCAGUCCUUUUUUUUUUUUGUCCUUUCUGUCUCUUAGACCGUCUGAGCUUCAGGGAGGAAAAGAAGCUCUACGAAACUGAACCACCCAAAAAAUGACGAGAAUGCCACUGAGCUUGGCUCCUAUGGAGGUCGUAGCUCUAGUUUCCAAUUGGUGGGACGAGGUCAACGACUCCACCUCUUGGCAAGACGGCAUCUUCUACACUCUCUGCGCUGCUUAUGCCCUAGUUUCCUCCGUUGCUCUGAUUCAAUUGAUUAGGAUUGAACUGAGAGUACCAGAAUAUGGUUGGACUACGCAGAAGGUUUUUCAUCUUAUGAAUUUUAUUGUUAAUGGAGUACGUGCAAUUGUUUUUGGAUUUCACAAGCAAGUUUUUAUUUUGCAUCCAAAGGUCCUAAUAUUGGUGUUAUUGGAUCUUCCUGGAUUAUUGUUCUUCUCUACAUACACACUUCUUGUCCUUUUUUGGGCAGAAAUAUAUCACCAGGCGAGAAGCUUGCCAACAGAUAAGCUCAGGAUAUGUUAUAUUUCGGUUAAUGGUGCAGUGUAUUUUAUACAGGUUUGCAUCUGGAUAUACCUCUGGAUAGAUGACAACAGUGUUGUGGAAUUCAUUGGAAAGAUAUUUAUUGCAGCGGUGUCAUUUAUAGCUGCAUUAGGUUUCUUGCUGUAUGGGGGAAGAUUAUUUUUCAUGCUGAGACGCUUCCCCAUUGAAUCUAAAGGGAGAAGGAAGAAACUUCAUGAGGUUGGAUCUGUUACAGCCAUAUGUUUCACCUGCUUUCUCAUCAGAUGCUUUGUGGUUGUGCUAUCUGCUUUUGAUUCAGAUGCAUCACUUGAUGUUUUGGACCAUCCUAUUCUGAAUAUGAUCUACUACAUGCUGGUUGAGAUCCUUCCUUCAGCUCUUGUCCUUUACAUCUUGCGGAAAUUGCCUCCCAGAAGAAUAUCAGCCCAAUACCACCCAAUACGUUAGCCCUGGCAGUCUUUGUUCUAAAGCGUUAUUUUUGCCCCCAAUAUCGUUUGUUUGUUCUUAUGGUCCGGAAGUUGGAUGCUAUUGAAAUUUGAACAAGAGAAAGCAUGGCCGGACAAGCAAUCCAGAUGUAGUAUUCUGGCAUGGCCGGACAAGCAAAUUUGUUUAUUUUGAGAUGUACAUUACCCAGCUGUCUGCAGCAGCAGCUUGCGAAGGGAAGGUAGCUUGAAUUAAUUUUGUAGUGCGCUAUUUGACGUAAGCGGUUUAUUUGUUCAAUAUGUGGGCACAAGGAAAUUUUUCCUGUAACUUUUAUGUAGGCAUUGUUUCUCUCUGUAGGGAUUAUCACAUCAUGGUGUGCUGGAAAGGUUGUUUAUUUAUCUAUCUGUGGCCCUUGCUAAACACAAAUUAAUACACGAUAUAACAUUAUAAUAUAGAAAUUCAUUUUAGGCUGCUUA